CGUCCACAGCUCCAUAGCAACGGUGAGAAAGUAAACAGCUCUGAAGUUGUGCAUUAAAUCGUUAUCGGAGACUUUUUUUUCCCAUCUAUCUGGCUUCUUCGGCUCCGCUGCGAAAGGAGCUGUGAUAUGUCAAGAACCAAAGACAAGGCAAAACCGGACGGUUUCACCGUCAAGGCCUUCAUGAAGAACUCCGUGGUUGAGGGUCCUCCGUCGACAGGGGUGUUUCACCCACUGUCGUCCAAACCCACCACCUUCCGGACUUACUACGAGCGCAGGGAGCUCCCGAUCGCCGUGGACUACAACAGCAGAGGCAAGAACAUCGCGUGGAAGGUGGACAUCGAGAAACUGGACUACCAGUACUACCUGCCGCUGCUCUUCCACGGCCUCUGCGAGACCGAAUACCCUUACGAGUUCCUCGCGCGGCAGGGGAUCCACGACAUGCUGACGCGCGGAGGCCCCAAGAUCCUCCCCGUCGUGCCCAAGCUCAUCAUGCCCAUCCGGAAUGCCAUGAACACCAAAAACCACCAGGUGAUGUGCACCACCCUGCGGAUCUUGCAGCACCUGGUGGCGUCCGCGGACGGCGUCGGUGUGGCGCUGGUGCCUUACUUAAAGCAGAUCCUGCCCGUGUUCAACCUCUUCAAGAACAAGAAGAGAAACAUGGGAGAUGCCAUCGAGCGGCAGAGAGAGAGCAUCGGCGAUCUGAUUGAGGAGACCCUGCAGACCCUGGAGCACUACGGUGGCCCGGACGCCUUCAAACAAAUCAAAUCUAUGAUACCCACCUAUAGUCCUGCGUGAAGAACUGACAGAUGGAGCUAUUGGACUGAUUACUGUAGGCUACUUCUUUUACUUUGUUCCUUAGGAAAUUGGUUCCAAAGUUGCUCAAAAAUAUACCAGCAUUUGAAAGAAGCACAUCAGUUUAAUGUGUUAUUCAUUUAUUUAAUUUGUUUACUGAAAUUCUUGGACUAGAGCCAGUUUUGGGGCCCUGUCUGUAGGUAUGUUGCUAUCAGCGAGUCUGCUGGAUUUGGAUCAGUUGUUGCUGCACCAUCUUUUCCUGUUCAUCGUCUCCUCCACUGUGGAAGAGAUUAAAUUGAUUUUAGCUUUUGCAGUUUCCACUAAGCAGCCUCCAUAUCAUAGGUGAGACAAAUUAGUGUUGGGUUAUUCCUUUGUUAAACAACACAACACAAAAAGAAAGACACACAAACUAUACCAAUCAUAUCC